AUGAAUAGGGUUAGGACUGCAAAGGUGAAAUCUCCAUCCUUGAUCAGAAUGUUCCAGAAGAAGCAUGAGCUUGGUUUUCGUAAAUGGUGGAAGAGGACUCUAGAUAGGAACGGGUUAGAUCAUAAAAGGUUGGGACUAUCACAAACAAGACAAGGUGAUGAUUCCGACGGUCGGUUGUGGGUAUGUCACGGAAAAUGGAGAGAUUUACCGGAGAUGCAUAAGAAAAUGAAAAGAAAAGACUCGUCAAAGCAGGUGGCUUUGAGUUUGUUUCGUUUUCCAGGUGAAAAAAGAUGGGAAAAGCAGGUUGCUUUGUUUUCUUGUUCGGUGGAAGAAAGCUCUCGUGUCACAGAAGUGUUAUGCGCAAACGGGUUCUGUGUGGUGACAAACAACAGCCGGGGUAUGGAGGACUUUGGACGUGACCGAGGUAAAGGUCGGGUGUCCGGGAAAAGUUGGGAUUGGGUGAAGACUUUGGACGUCGCGGAGGUGAAAUUCGGGUGUCCGGGAAAGGUCUUGAAUCGAGAUGAAAGGAGGGUGAUUAAAGGCUGUUGUGAACAAAUGGUGUGA